AGUUUUAAUUGAUUUUCACUUUUGGCCUCUCUCCUUGUCGAUUCAUUCAUUUCAUAUCCAUUUUGCAUUCGGUGAAUUGAACGUAUCCGUAGGCUCAGCCUGACUCGCAGUUUUUAGUUUUUAAACCGCAUUUUUACCCGUGAAAUAGAACUAUUGUUUGUCUUAAGAGCGUUUUAUACCAUAUUAGGCUAAUAUUGUUAAGAUUUGAUGUAGAUUAUUAGUAUAUUUGAUAUUAGAACGAAACCCAAGUUGUCCUUUGUCUUGCCCAAGUAUAAUAAUGGGCGUUGGCUCAGUACUGUGUAACAUACCUGGGUAGUUUACGUAUUAUUUUAGGCGGUUAUAAUUGAAAAAAAUGAUUAUAGCAACUAAUUCUUAAGGCAAUAGACUAUAUGCGUUGCACCAAAGACAUUUUCAUAGAGUGAAAUUAGUGACCCGUUAAAGCUACAAUAUGCCCCGAAUUGAUCCUUUGCAACUUUUAAAAUGCCUCUCCGUCCUCUUGAGUCCCGAGGGAGGGAUUUUGUCACGCGAUGAAGUGCCCAGAUUAGUGAACUUAAUGACGAAAUUUUCCAAAAAGUUGGUGAGCAAAUGUGUCUAUGUACUCAUCCUGAAGAAUACAGAGACCAGUUUGGUCGAUAUGUUUAUGGCAGAAGGAGGAUGGACCCUCAUCCAAUCCUGGCUGCAAGAUGCCGCCCACACGGGAAACUGGGACCUGGUCAAGGAAAUCUUGGGUCUACUACUCAUCACUCCGGUAGAUGUUGAAAGGCUUAAGAUGAAUUGCCUUCCUAAGUUGAUUAAGAGUUUGUCGAGGAGGGAAGACUUACCUGAAGUGGCUAAAUCCUCUGAUCAGAUUGUACAAAAAUGGUUAAGUAUAGUUAAAGGAACAGCAGCAUCUAACAAUUCAACUACUACAACUAGUGCAGAAAAGAAGCAAGAAGCUGAGUCAGCUGCAGAAGCAACUGAAACUGAAGUAAAAGGAACAGAGUCGCCAGUUACUCCUGUAGAAUCGAAGCAACAGAAUAAAGAAACUGAGGAAAAUCAAGCAAUAGAACCAAACUCCUUUUACAAAUCUAGUGUUAAUAAACAGAAUGGUAGAAAGGCAUCCGUGGAGUCAGAUAAGGCAUCAAAGCCGUCUGAUGACGAGUCUGUUAAGAGUGAGGGGAAGGAUAAAGAGAGGAGCAAAGAUAAAUCAAAAUCGAGCUCUCGAAGCAAGUCUAGCUCUUCUAAAGAAAAGGAGCGAGAAAAAGACAAGAAAAAGUCCAGCAGUGGUAGUAGCAGUAAAAGUUCUUCUAGUAGUAGCCGUAGUAAAGAUGACAAAAAAGACAAGGAUCGCAAGGAUAGAGAUAAAGAGGGGAGUAGUAGAAGCGGUAGCUCCUCGUCAAAAUCAAGUUCGAAAAGCAGUUCCAGCAGCAGCAGUAGAGACAAAAAAGAUUCCAAAGAUAGAAGCAAAUCAAGUGACUCAAAAGAAAAGUCUGAAAAAGACAAGAGCUCCUCAGAAAAAUCCAAACCAUCCAUUGAUAAAUUGGGAAGAAUCCCUAAAAAAUCAUCAGAUGAUAAACAGAAAGAAAACAAAACUGAUGUCGCAAAGUCCAAGGAGCCGGUGGUAGAAGAAAAGAAAAAACCGUCGUUCUCAAUUUUGAACCGCAAGGCCACCGGCGAAGAAAGAUCGAAAACCGUUAAAGUGUACAAUUCCAAGAUGCGCUCCACCGGUCUGGAAGAAGAAGCGAAACCGCCUCCACCCCGCACUGGGAAAAAACCGACGCCAUCCAUUCAACUACCGACGAUCCCAUCUAAGCGCCCAUCGCCGCCCCGCGAUUCAACCACCAGCAGCGGAAUGCCUCCAGAGAAGAAAAUUAAAAUCGACAAAGUCGAUAUUCCCGAGCGUCCCGGCGCCAUUAAAUUAAUACCACCCAAACCUAAACCAGCUGUCCUACAAGAAAGCGACAUGUUCAUGGACGCCCUCAUGACCGCUUCCGUACCAAAAAAAGAUGCCAAAAAACGAAAACGUAGACCAAGCGUGACUAAAGAGACUCCUCCAGCUCCAACAUCGCCGUCUUCUUCUCCCGUUGCUGAACCCCCUGCUACUCCGACAUCCCCUACUUUGGCCAAUUCCGCCAAUGCAUUGGGUCUUAAAAAUAUCGCUCCCAUCAACUUCUAUCAGGACACUUUGUCUGAGGUGUCUGAUAAACCCGAGGAAAAUAGUGAGGAGUGUUCUGAAGAAAAUAAGGAAGUCGAGACUAAUAGAACUUCACCUGAGAACACCGAUACUCCUGCCAGUCCGCCUGCAGCUCCUGAAUCUAAUGAGACUGAGAUGAGUGAUGAGGUGCCCGCCAAGCAAAUGAGGUUGGAUGGUGAAUUAAAGGGUGUUCUUUUGUAUGCAAAGAAGAAAGGUCCUAAGAGAUCUAUCAGAUGGAAAGAGGAAGAGGACUUGGUUGAGGUCAGGUACUUUGAACUUGAUGAGACUGAGCGGGUGAAUGUCACUAAAACAUUCAUGGAUAUGGCCAAAAUGGAUAUUAGCAGUGAAAGAGAGGCUUUGCUUAUGUCCCGGAAGCUGCCGAAUGAGGACGUCAUGGAGCCCCAAACGCCAUGGAGGAUUCUUUAUUUAUGCGAACAGCCUGAUCCUUUGGCCAUUCCGGGAAGUAAAAGUUUAGAAAAAGACAUCCAGUUUGCCAGAGAAAAAAGCACUUUACCAGCAAUAUAUUACGAUAAACGAAGAAUACCCGACUGCCCCGAAGAACCGAUUCCAGAAAACCAUCAGGUCAGCGACCCGGUUGUUAUACCCCUGGAAGACCCCGAGAGUCAAGAAAUUGAUUUGAAAAGCACCCCAUGGCCGGAACCAAAGGGAUUCGCUCCGAACCAUAUGGAAACACAACUUAUGCCACCGAUGUUCCAGAACAUACCUUUUAAUGCGAAUUUCGGGAACAUGGGGGGUAACAUGCCACCCAGUGCACCGUACGGAAUGCCUCCCAGAUUCCCAGUUCCUCCCGGUCCACAUGGUCCGAUGGGUCCUGGCACAGGCCAAUUCGUUCCCCCAAAUAUGAUGCACAAUAUGCUGGGACCUGGACCGAUGAAUCAACCGGAAAUGAUGAAUGGUCCGAACCCUCCGAUGAAUUCGGGCGGAUUCAUUCCUGGCCCGGACGGGUAUAUGGGACCUGGCAAUGAACAACAAAACUUCCCCAUGCCGCAGUAUGGUGGACCGCAGGGUCCAAACAUGAACAUGUACGGGGGUCCGAAUCAAAAUAAUUUUAAUAAUCAUCGAGGUGGACGCGGUGGUGGUUACCGAAGAGGUGGAAACAACCAAGGAAAUUGGGUGCAGCUGAAUAAUGGACCUCGCAAUAACAAUUGGAAACGAGGUGGUGGCGGUGGUGGAGGUCGAGGCCGGUUGUGUAAAAAUAUUCAAAACCAUGGGUACUGCAGGAAUGGGGAUAACUGCCCAUUUGUUCACUAAUGUUUUGUGAAUAUAAUUUAGUGUCGUCGACGACAAAAAAAGAUGUGAUAUUAGCAUGUAAUACUUGCAAAAGCGACUCGGGCAUUUUACUUGAGUACAUAUUGUAGUUCUUUAUUUGUAAAUGUGUCUGUUUUAUAUAGGUUUCACUUUAUUGACACACUUCAUGUGAUAUUAAUUUAUUUCACUGUAAAUACUAAGUUCGUAACUUAUAUGCAUGUGUUAUAUAUGUGGAUAUGAAACAAAAUGUAUAUAGAUCGAGGGCAAUAUAUAUGUUGCGUCUAUUGAAUUAGUUUUUACUCAAUGAUUCAUUACGGAUUUUAUCUAUUCUGUUGGGCUCAUUUAUUUGCUUUGCAUAGGGUAAGCAUUAUUUAGUUGUUAUGAAUAAUUAUUAUUAAUUUUUUAUAAUAUUGAUUUGAAUAUAAAAUAUAUACAAUUUA